AUGUCAUCUACGAGCUUGGACGAUCUGCCUGCCUCAAGAGGUGAUUCGGCGCCCUCGACGCCCGGAAGUCAGUAUGCAUUCUCUAGACGCCAAUCAGAAGAUUCGCCUAAUGGUACUCGGUCCCCCGGCGUACAUAUCCCGGAGCCCAGCGAUGGCUACUACACUUACAGCGAUGAGAGAAAUCAACUCCAUAUAACAGAAAAGGCCUACGCGCAUAGGCGCCAGUCCGCUUCAAAUGCAGACGCGACACGGCCCCACAGCCUCCUGAGUACCUCGCCCAUCGCCCUCACGAGCACAUCUCCCACGCGUGGCGCGAUGAAUGCAGACAGUCACCCAUUCAUUGAAACGACCCCCAAGGUCAACACAUCUGAACUUCAUGCUGCUCAGGAGCAUCCGGCAGCGCAUCCCACUGCUGCCACGGUUGCAGUGCACGCCGCCGACCAUGCCUCCCACGCUGGUGUACAUGACACCACUGCACCUUUGGCCAUUCCGGCGGAGCUCAUGAACGCAGACUUCUCUCACAUCCUCCAGUCGUUCCGUAAAUGCCUCGAGCUUCGCGACAAGUACAUGAAGUACUCCUGCCAGCGCUUGGGCGAUAACCCACGCGACCACGAUGGCUCAUUCAACGGCUUCAACGGAGACAUCGCAGAUGUAUCUGGUUUGCGCCCGGACGUCGACGUCAACCGUGAAGACCUUCUAUCGACGCAAUCACGCCACAGGCCCUGGAAGAUUCGUCCCAAACCGCCUCCUCCUCAUUGGCACUGGUCGUCUUCGAAAGAAAUGGUCACUCGAGCCGACGGUACGCAAGAGACCGAAGAUGACGAGGAGUUUGAGGAGGACCUGGCGGAAGUGCCGGGCGCUGACAGCGACGGCUACGACUUCCAGAUCGACGAACGCGGCGUGUAUCAGGUAUAUGCUGAUUUAAAGGAUGAAAACAAGAAACCCGUGUACGAAGUACCCACCAUCCGGGAAUACUUCAUAGAUCUCGACUACAUACUCAGCGUCAUUUCCGACGGACCAUCCAAGAGCUUCGCCUUCCGCCGCUUGCAGUACUUGUCAAGCAAGUUCUCCAUGCACCUCAUGCUUAACGAGUUCCAGGAGAUGGCGUCCAUGAAGGGGGUGCCUCAUCGCGAUUUCUACAACGUACGUAAGGUCGACACCCACGUCCACCACUCCAGUAGCAUGAACCAGAAGCAUCUUCUUCGCUUCAUCAAGUCCAAGAUGAAGCGCUCCCCUGAUGACGUCGUGAUCUUCCGUGACGGAAAACAUCUUACUCUCGCUCAAGUCUUCGAAUCAUUGAACUUGAGCGCGUAUGACCUGUCAAUCGACACGUUGGACAUGCACGCGCACCAAGACUCCUUCCACCGCUUCGACAAGUUCAACCUGAAGUAUAAUCCCAUCGGAGAGUCUCGUUUACGUGAGAUCUUCUUGAAGACGGACAACUAUAUCAAGGGCCGAUACCUCGCGGAACUGACUCGUGAGGUCAUGACCGAUCUGGAGCAAAGCAAGUACCAGAACUGUGAAUGGAGACUCAGCAUCUAUGGCCGUAACGAGGACGAGUGGGACAAGCUGGCACGCUGGAUCGUCAACAACAAGUUGUACUCUCACAACGUGCGAUGGCUCAUCCAGAUCCCGCGCCUGUACGACGUGUAUAAGGCGAAUGGGUCCGUAGACACAUUCGCAGACAUUGUCAAGAAUGUCUUCAAGCCCCUCUUCGAGGUGACUCGCGACCCCAGCUCGCAUCCAGAGCUCCAUGAGUUCCUGAAGCGAGUCACUGGCUUCGAUACUGUGGACGACGAAUCGAAGACGGAGCGCCGCUACCAUAAGAAGUUCCCUUACCCGAACCUUUGGAGCUACCCGCAGUCUCCGCCUUACUCAUACUGGGUGUAUUACGUCUUCGCUAACAUGACCAGUCUCAAUCAAUGGAGACAGAAGCGCGGUUUCAACACUUUCGUCUUCCGUCCGCACUCUGGAGAAGCCGGUGACACCGACCAUCUGACCGCCGCCUUUCUCACCUCGCACUCAAUCUCACACGGCAUUCUCCUCCGUAAAGUUCCCGCGCUUCAGUACUUCUUCUACCUCAAGCAGAUCGGUAUCGCUAUGAGCCCCUUAAGUAACAACGCGCUAUUUCUUGCGUAUGAACGGAACCCGGUCCCGGAGUUCUUCAAGACCGGCCUCAACAUCAGCCUCAGUACCGACGAUCCAUUGCAAUUCCACUUCACAAAGGAGCCGUUGCUCGAAGAGUACAGCGUUGCAGCUCAUAUACUCAAGCUUCCUCAGAGCUCACUGUGCGAGCUUGCUCGCAAUUCGGUCAUACAGAGUGGAUUUGAAAUGCAGAUCAAGCGGCAUUGGCUUGGCCACAACUGGUAUCUGCCCGGCGAUGCCGGUAACGAGAUCAACAGGACCAAUGUACCCAACGCACGCUUGAAGUACAGGCAUGAGACGUUACUGGAGGAAUUGGCAUUGGUAGGAGUGGUCAAGUCUAAGAGAGUGUAG